AUGAGCCAGCCACCGAGCAGCACAGUCCAACUGCGGCUGGCGUUGCUGGCCACGGAGUUCGAAAGCACCCUCACCUUCUUUCGACUUUUGAAAGUGACCCAACUCAAGGACCUCUGCAAAUCUGUGGGUUUGGCCUUGAAGGGCAAGAAACAGGAUCUUAUGGACCGCUUGGAGCAGUAUACUCGUUCCUGCUACGCUGCCGGAGAGAACAUUCGUCUUUUGGCCAUCAGAUCGGUGGUUCUCAAGAUGCUCAAUCACGACCCGGUACCAGACUUCCACACCUUGUGCCAUGCUUUGCAGCUGGGGCUUAUAGAUACGGAGAAACUACUGCAGCAGAACAGCCAACAGAAUACACGGCUCACGCACGGGAUGUCCCCUCACACACAUAGAAAACCGCCUCAACCCUCCAAUCCUAUGGCUGGAGGUUACUCACUGGGGAACACUCUGCACGGCUCGGUCUACUACCCACGGUACACGGGACCCAUGCUUCUAUUUCAGAGCACCUUGUUUUACCGUCUAAUACGAAUGGUUCAUGGGUUUCCAUACAUGAUGGUUGCUUCCAAGGGCAGAAACGUUUGUAAUGUGCCAGUGAGCUUGAACAGCGAAGAGGUGGAGGUGCUACAACUGAAUCCAGAUGCCCGUUUGUACCUUUUUUCAGGUCUUUCUUCCACGCCGAACCCAGGCAAAACGCCCAUCCAGUUUCCCCCUAUCGAAAUCCAUGUUGAUGGCAUUAAUACGAAGCAGUACGUCAAGGGCCUCAAGGGAAAGCCCGGAACCUGUCGGCCGGCUGAUCUCACAAAGUACGUGAAUAAUCUCCGAAGACAGUUUACGGUCAAUGUGGUGUAUUCAGACGCCAUGGAGCCCUACAUCCUUUACAUGUAUAUCGUGCAUGCUCACAAGCCUGAGACGUUAGUGGAAGAGAUAGAGAAGAAUGGGCAGCAUAUUCCUGUGGAUGCUACCAAAAAGACAAUCCAGCGUGACUAUGAGUUGAACCAAGAUGACGAUAUCGUCAUGGACACAUCUUCGAUUUCCCUACGAUGUCCCUUGACAUAUGCCCGCAUGAAGCACCCAAUGAAGUCUACCACUUGCGAUCACGUCCAGUGUUUUGACGGCUUGUCUUUCCUCACAAUGCAAGAAAGAAUUCCCUCGUGGAUUUGUCCCGUUUGUUCCGCUCAGAUGGACCAGAAUUCGCUUGCUGUACUGGACUACAUGAACGACAUUUUGCAAAAAACGUCAGAAGAAGUCGACACGGUCAUGUUAAAUACGGACGGCUCGUGGGCCAUCCAAACCGAGACUGAAGGCAAUGCGAAGAAUGAGUCCUCACCAGCUCCCAAGAGCCCUAGCGCAGCAGCUUCUGUACCUCCUCCAGAGCAGUCAGUUGAGCCUGCCAAUGAGUCAAUUGAGGUUAUUUCCCUUGACAGUGAUAGUGAGGAUGAAGCCCCACCAGCAAGGCCUACUACCCAAAACGAGCAAACUCCACAGCAAACCCCAUCACAGGCUAGCCCUUCAACCCAGCACAACACUCCAUUACUGACGCACUCACAAGUUCCGGCUCCAAACGUACCAAAACCCAUAAACCGCGAGCAUCAAACCACUAGUGAAAAUGUUCUACAGCAUAACCGAGCAACAUCAAGCAACUCGUCAGCCACACACUCAGACGUUUCUGGACCGCCAUACAGAGCGCCCCCGACGAAUACGAAUAGGAAUUAUUCACAAGCCCCGUGGCUCAAUGAUGGUGGAAGAAACAGCAGCGCCAGCAGUGUGAGUGGUAUGAGCGGCAUGAGUGGAUUGAGUGGCCUCAGCGGUAUCAGUGCAAACAGUGGAAUGAGUGGAUUCAGUGGUGCUAGUGGUGCUAGUGGUAACAGCGGCUUGAGUAACAUGAGUGCUAGAACUGGGUUGAGUGCCUUGAACAGCAUGAGAGGAGGUCCAGCACACAUGAACGGAUAUCAUGGAACAAGAGAUGCCCCUGGUUUCCAUAGGACACCUCCAGCAGUGCAAUCACCAUCGGCUCAAUCGCAUCAAUCACGCCAGCCCAUGUCUCGUCACUCAUCACAAUCUCAUCAGCACCAACCUUCACCACACCAGUCGCCACCUCAAUCAAGCAAUGGGCGUCCUCAACUACCCCAGCCACUGUUACCUUCUUUAUUCAAUCCCGACGGCCUGAACCACAGUCUUCCAAAGCCACCUAAUUCAAAUGGUAGCGAGAGAAAUGCGAAUGGUGCAGCUCGGCCAGUGGAAGUGGAGGAUUCCUCCUCUGAUAACGAACCAUUGGCUCGUCACGAAGACGUACCUCUCAGCCACGUUAGUCGUCGCAAGGCCCCUACUAUCCCAGAGGAGCUGGAUCUGGGAACAGAAGCCCGUCCUUCUUUGCCUCCGGUGAGAACGCAGCAAAACCUACCUUCAAGAGAUGUGCAAAUGAGUCCUCCUCCGGUUUCUAAUAGAUCGACUCUGUUAUCUCACCACGGAUCUCCAGUUCUACCAGCUCCAAGCUCCUCAGGACAGCAGAGUGCCACCAGACUCCCGUCAAUUAAUACCUUAACGCGACAGGAUCCACCACAUCCACCGAAUGAUCGUUUUCAUGUGCCUUGGGCCAAGGAGAACCCGGUGCAAAAGUCAGCGGUUCCUGAACUUGGGAAAGGUAAUCUGUUCAAACCUCAGCCUCCAGUCAAUCAACAAAACAUGCUUCCAAUUCAGCCACUGGCUCCAAAGCCUGUUUUUGGCUGGAACUUGAACAAUGGAAAUAAGAACAGACCCGAAGGAGAGGCAUCGAAACCUGUGGAUGAAACACCACAAGAGAGAAACACAACGCCCUCUCUGCAUCCUCAAAGCCGUGCUCCAUCUGCAAGUGAAUCAGCAAGACAGACACCUUCUGGCACUCAAACUCCACAGUUAUCGUCUGAAACUCAGCCCAUUUCUGCGCCCCAGAAACCAGAACCACAACCACUUCAGUCUCACAGCAGACGCGAGUCUCGUCUGACAAGCUCGCCGGUUAUAGUAGCUUCCAAAUCAGCCUCUGCUGAAGAAACACCUCUAAGAUCCGACAGCCUGGAGAAUAGGGCACAGUCAACGCCCUCAAUUCCGCAGCGCCCAUCUACUACUGAGGUUUCCGAUAACCUGAGACCGUCACUUCAUCAAGGUCCUCAUUCUGCGGGCAGCCUUUCUAGCAAUUCGGAAACUCUGCGCCAGAAUGCUAUAGCCGAACGUUACCGCCAGCUCAUUCUGACGUCGUCAUCCCUCAUUAACAACUACAACAGAAUGGCGCUCAACCCCAGCAGUACGCUCCCAAACAACAGCGGCAUACCUGUUCUACCUUCGCUUCCACAACUGUCCAGUCCUCCACUCAAUCCUCCUAGCCAGCCUGGGACCAACGGAUCUCAGCAUAAACCAGAGGAUCGGGCGUCAAAGACUCCGGGAAACACUCCAGCAGCGAGUGAGGCUAGUGGCAGUGUAGCUGGUGCUAGUACAGCUGGUGCCAGUGCAACAGGAGCUAGUGCUGCAAGCGGCAGUACAGCAAGUGGCGCCACAGCUCCAGCAAAUACUACCGGCAACAAUAAUGCUAAUAAGGCCUCGUCAGAAACGCAUCCUCGUGUGGUGAAUAAGCAGUUUAAGCUCAACAAGGAUGUCAAUGGAGAAGAUCAGACCGUUUCUGUGAGUCCUUUAACAACAUCUAAUAAAGCUGCAGUUGAUAAAGAAUCAGAGAAGCUGGCAGAACAACCACAAGAGAAACAACAAGAGGUUCAGGAACCGCCCCGAGCUCUGGUUCAAACCAAGGCAGAUUCAUUGCCAGAAAAAGCAGCCGAGCGGACGCAGAAUGAACCCGACAGACAGUCUGAGCCCACAAAACCCACAGCACCACAAGCACCAGCUCGGAGUGAAAAUUAUCUGAGAUCUGCAUUUGACGUGUUGACAGAGGAAGACGCAUUGGAGAAAAUCAGAGGAGUACUUGGCAUUGAAGUUACUGGUAACAUUUGGCGGUCUCGAAGCCCGUUUAACAGGGCACCUCCACAAGACGGUGAAUCUGAAAGACCAACACCACCUCAGGCUACGCCAGAGGUCGAGCGGGUGCAAGAACAUAGCGGCGAAAGCACCUCACCUAUAGAUAGCCGGAUCGAGCGCAUGUCGAUAGAAACACCCACCGGCAAGAAACGGUCCAUCCUGAACUCGUCGUCAGAAAGAUCGUGGAACAAGCGACUCAACCGCCAGAGCCUGAAAAAAUUCGACCCCAGCGAAAUCAACUCGUCACAGAUCAUUGAGCUCGACGACUAG